GCUAGGCGGCGCUAUUUAGACAUGGCGGCGCACAGGUACCCCGCUGUUUGUGUUGUCCUGUUCUUGUUUUUUCACCUGUUUAAGAUAUAUUCUUCCUCAGAAUUGGAUGUCGAUUUGUCAGAUGACAUUGCCUUUCACUCAGGAAACUAUCAGAAGCUUAAAGUUGGAGCAGCACUGCCAAGGAGAUAUUUACUUUACGAUGUCAACCACGGGGAAGGGUUUAACCUGCGACGUGACGUCUACAUGCGCAUUGCCAACCUGGUCCAGAGACUGCAGCAGGACGGUGACUGGGUCCUGGUCCUGCCCCCCUGGGGCCGGCUCUACCACUGGCGGACGCGCUCACUGGAGCAGAUCAGGAUACCCUGGGGCACCUUCUUUGACACUGAGAGCCUGAACCGUUACGUACCCGUCAUCGAGUUUGAGCAGUAUGUUAAAGAAACUGGCCGGGCGGUCAUCGACCAGAUUCUGUAUCUCCAGCCCUACAAGGAGGGAUGGACCAACGGCAAGUGGGAAGAGAAGAUUGACGAGCGAGAAUGCAUUGAGCCGCCCGCCUACCGACCGGACGAGGAAGGGAUGUACCGGGGCUGGUUCUGGGGCCACUCGGACACCUACGCCAAGGCCUUCAAGUGUUUGUCCGUUCAAGGGAUGGCCCGCAUCCUGGCUCCUGUGCUGUUAAACAACUACACAGCCAGAUCUGUGUUUGUUGAUCGUGGGGAAGAAAUACUGCACGAUUACUAUGGGCAGGUGCAGUACUGGAACGCGAGGCGGUCUAUGCGAUUUGCCAAACACCUGCGGGACAUUGGCAAUCAGUUCCGAGAAAGUCACCUGGAUUCAACGGACAAGAAAGACAAGACCGUCUUGUUGGAAGACUGGAGAGACAUGGAGAGAAAGCCAGGCUCUGCUGUCGGCGGGCCCUACCUUGCUGCCCACCUGCGAAGAGAGGACUACGCCCGUGGCAACAGGAAAGAUGUGCCGUCGCUUCAGAGCGCUGCGGAACAAAUCACGGCUGCCCUUAAAAAGCACAAACUCCAGAAGGUUUUCAUAGCUACAGAUGCACCAAAACAUGAAAUUGAGGAACUCAAAAGGCAUCUCCAAGACUACCGGGUGUACAACUACUUGCCUCCUAAAGGCAUCCUGGAGAACUUCAAAGACGGCGGGGUAGCCAUCAUAGACCAGUGGAUAUGCGCCCAUGCUAGGUAUUUCAUUGGGACAGGCGUGUCUACGUUCUCCUUCCGCAUCCACGAGGAGAGACAGAUCCUUGGCUUUGACCCCAAGAUGACGUACAACCGCUUCUGCGGAGACGGGGAAUCAUCGAACUGCGAACAACCCUCCGUCUGGAAGGUAGUCUACCAUUGAUGACACUUCCACCUUCAGUAUUAUUUUGAGUUUUCAACUUACGCCUUUAGAAUUUGUCUCAAAUUGCGGCCUCCUGUCUGAGUGUUUCUGCAGACUUCAGUUCUAUAAACUUUAGUCCAAGAGGCUUAGGCCCAGCAGCUCCAGGGAACUGAAUCUGCUGCUCGGGCAACUCUACUCGCUCUUUAAAUUUGGCCCCAAAUUUCGGGGUGUUUUUACAUGGUGUCGAUUGUCAACCCCUUGCAACUACUUGCAAAACUGGAGAUGAACCCGGCUACAAAGUAAACAUGAGCUAUGAAAAGAGGUUUGAGGCGUCUAGGCUUAAAUAGGCCAUUUGCAAAUUAAAUUUGAAUAAAAUCUGGUGCACUGAGUUAUCUGAUUUCACGCAAACAUAGCAAUUUGAAUUCCCCAGAAUAAAGUCACUGUUGCUUUAACCUCGUGAUUCGGGCAAACUUUUGCUUAGUGACCACCAUCUCUGGAAUGGACUGGUUCCUUUGUGCCCUUCUUGUCC